AUGGCUGCUCCCGAGGCUGCGGUCCAGGACAGAGUCUUCCGUACGGCAGGGCUGCCUACAGAGCUCGAACCGCAACCGCUUCCGUCCAGAUACCGGAAGUUUCCGUUUGAAACGGAGGCGGCCGACCCGGUCGGCAGUGCGGCGGCGGUUGAAGCUGAGCAGCCUCUCAACAAGAUCUACCAGGACUGCGGGCAGGAGCGGCAGACGCCUGGGGCGCAGCCGUGCCGCCUGCUUACGAUGACCAGUGUGGUUAAGACCGUGCACAGCCUGCAGCCGCCCUCAGUGCAGAGCGGCGGCCUGCCCGCAGACACACAAACUCGAGCCACUUCUAAGAGUCUAUUACCUGUUAGGUCCAAAGAAGUCGAUGUUCCCAGACAUCUUCAUUCAGGAGGUUCAGAGAAUGAUGUUAUGAAAAUCACCAAACUGAAACGAGAGAAUGGGCAAAUCAAAGUUGCAGACACUGCCACCAAGAGGAAUGUCAAAAAGGGCUACAAACCACCAACUAAGCAAAAAUCAGAGGAAGAGCUCAAGGAUAAGAACCAGCUCUUAGAGGCCGUCAACAAGCAGUUGCACCAGAAGUUGACUGAAACUCAGGGAGAGCUGAAGGACCUGACCCAGAAGGUGGAGCUGCUGGAAAAGUUUCAGGACAACUGUUUGGCAAUUCUAGAGAGCAAAGGCCUCAACCCAGCUUUGGGCAGUGAGACCUUGGCAUCACGGCAAGAAUCCACGACAGAUCACACGGACUCUAUGUUGCUGUUAGAAACUUUGCAAGAUGAGCUGAAGCUUUUUAACGAAACAGCCAAAAAGCAGAUGGAGGAGUUACAGGCCUUAAAGGUAAAGUUGAAGAUGAAAGAGGAAGAAAGGCUCCGAUUCCUAGAACAGCAAACCUUAUGUAACAGUCAAGUAAAUGAUUUUACAACAGCCAUUGAGGAAAUGGAACAGCUAUUAGAAAUGUAAUAAGAAGCAAAUGGCCAGAUGGCUCCCUCUUGAGGAUAAACUCUCAGAGAAAGCCACUUAGGACGUCUUCUUGGCCAUGGUCUUCUGGGACUCACCACCUCCAGAAUGAAAACCAUUUCUGCAGUAGGAUUAAGGGCAGUUUAUGCUGGAGUGGCAGUUCUUCCUUUAAGCAAGUUUUCCCAGCCUUCAGGUUUGUCAGCCCUCCUGAGCUGCCUGUCGAUAACUGAGGCCUACAAGAGUGCAAGCUGGAAGCUUGGAUUGACCUCCUGGGCAACCACUUGAUGCUAACACACCUUUAGAAUUGGAGGACUAAACCAGUCACAACCAGAGCAUCUAAAAUGUCACAUUCCAAUUGUAGGGAAGAAACCUUAAUUACAGGUGCUCUAUGGGAGACAUCGUUAAGGAGCCAUGUUGUCCCCUUCUAACUUGGAGCAUUUUCUGUCCCAUUCUGGUUGGGCUUCUGUACCUCAUUAUUAAUUUAUGAACUUAAAGUUGCUUGAAAUGUUUUUGGCUUAAUAAAUGGGGUAAAGGUAUAGAUAGUAAUAACGUACUUGAAACAGUACACCUUGGAGCUUUUAAUGUAAGUCACUUCUGUUUUUUUUUUUUUAAGUGCUACUUUUAAAAUAAAUAUUUCUAUAAAUAUUCUGACUAUAACGUUGAAGAAUGAAAAUAAGCCUUUUAACCUAAAUAUGUCAACUGAUUAUUAUUGAACUAAUCUAGUUAACAACUUCAAGAUAUUCUGACAACCCAAAAUAUUUUUCUUCCACUCAUUAAAUCCCUGAGACCAGCCCCCCUGUCUUCCAGGAGCAUUGGCUAGUCUCCUGAGGGUGUUCCCCAUUUGUAGCAGUAGGUACUAGACUCCACUCCCCAGGUGUGUGGUCACACGCCACGUAUGUUCUCCCUGUACUCCUAAGCAUGGUGAUGUGCCUGCUCUAUGCUUUGCACAGCCAAUCCUGGGCCUGGUCCUAUAGAUCCUUUAGUCCAUAGCAGGCCUCCCCCUGGUUUACCAAAGGCAUGGCCAAAUUUCAUUUCCUAGUCAAACCAGGCUGCCUUUGGCUUUGGCCAUCUCCUAUUCUUUCUGCACUUCCUAAUUUCUUCACCAAAUGCUCCUACGCUGCACCCUUAAGUAUCUUUAAGUCUGCCCAGAGCCACCCAGUGAAGCCAAGUAACACUUCUACCCUAGCUUAAAGGGCCAAAAUUGUUUGCCCUCACACACAUUCACAAAGUUCAUUAUAUCUCAAAUAUUUUGACCCUACUCACUAAAAACUGGCUUAUGGCAAAUGAUUUCUCUCAACCUAAGCUGUCAGCAAUAAAAUAGAGAUAAUACCUG